UCUUUCUUUUUUCCUCCUGUCAGUAAGCUGAAGCCCUCUUUCGAAGGCAAGGACAUGCAUGAGAUGUUGGUCCUGUGCUGCAAAAGCAUCGUGACACACCCUUCAGCAGAGAUGAUGCUGAAGAUCAGGAAGUCACAGCAAGCAGCGCAGUAUCUGCAGCUUCAGCAAAGGUCACUGAAAGCUCUGGGCCGGCUCAUGGCGGUCCUGCUCGAGACAGAGCCCACCGGUGGCUUCUUUCAGAGCAUCGUUCAUGUCCUGCAGAGAUCACUGCUCUCAGACAACAUGUGGGAGCGCAAGAGGGCCCUGCAGACCUGCUCCCAGCUUCUGCCUGCUUGUGAAGAGCUUCAAAGAGCAGAUGCCUGCGAGCACUUUGGCUCCUUGGUGGGAUUGCUGGCGCCUCUGACGUGCGACCCCAUGCCCGCAUCCCGCCAGUUGGCUGCCACUUGUCUGAGCUCCCUUCUCCGAAUCCAAGCCAAAGCAGCCAACGGAGUCAUGGAGACCAGCGACAUCGGGAGCCUGUGUGAGGGACUGCAUGCCUGCAGCACGGUCUCUCAGCUCCAGACCUCGUCCAAAAUGGCCAUGGUAAGUGGAGCCAAAAAGGGGUGGGGGGAUCUCUGCGCGUAGGCUUCUGCACGACUCUCUGC